AUGUCUCACGCCAUUUUGAUGGUACAGCCUACCAAGAAGCCAGAAGGCAGAACUUAUGCAGACUAUGAAUCUGUGAAUGAAUGCAUGGGUUACAGAGCUGAUACCCAGACAUACUAGCCUUACAACAAAGACUGGAUCAAAGAGAAGAUCUACGUGCUCCUUCGUGGGCAGACCCAAAAGGCUGGGAAAUAA